CUAAACUGUUGGCCUUGUGAUCUCCAAAGGUGUGAACAAGAUGAAUACACGGGUCCCAGUGGAGGAACUACUGGAGGUUCUGAAAAGGUUCAAGAGGGAAGAAUUAGAGGCAGAGCACACAGAUGAUGAAUCAGUGAACAGGCCCAGUGCUGGACGUCUGGGAGAGUAUCAGAAACUGGUCUCCACUUUGUUGCAUCCUUGCAAUGCUGGGAAGGAACUGUGUAAUCAGGACAAGAACCGCUACAAGAACAUCAUCCCAUAUGAUCAUUGCCGUGUUGUGCUGCAGUCCUCUGUCACUGGCAAUGACUACAUCAAUGCCAGCUACGUGGAGAGCUACCAGAGUCCACACUUCUUCAUUGCAGCUCAAGGCCCCUUGCCUGGAUCCGUGGUGGAUUUCUGGCAGAUGAUCUGGCAGGAGAAGACUUCAGUCAUUGUGAUGCUGACAGACUUAGUGGAGCAGAACAAGACCAAGUGUGAGCAGUACUGGCCAGAAGAGGAACAGGUCUACGGAGACUUCACAGUCACACUCAACAACACGAGGUCCACCACAGGCCUUGUCACACGCACAUUCCGCCUGCAGAAGACAGGUUGUGCUCUCCCAAGACUGGUGGAGCAGUUUCACUAUCUGCUGUGGCCAGAUCAUGGGGUCCCCAGAAACCCUACCCAGCUCCUGUACUUAGUGGAGAAGGUGAACAAGACGGUGUCAGAAAACCCUACCGGUCCCGUGCUGGUGCAUUGCAGUGCAGGGAUUGGGCGGACCGGUACCUUCAUUGCCCUGGACUUCCUCCUGAAGAUGGCAAAGGCCGAAGGCAAGGUGGAUGUGUUCCGGUGCGUGCAGAAGCUGCGGGAGCAGCGGGUCAGCAUGGUGCAGACCAAGGAGCAGUACACCUUCUUGUACGAGGUGUUGCUUGAAGGCCUGCUCUGCGGCAGUACCGGGGUCCCUGUGGAGGGUAUCAUCAGCCACAUCAGCCGCCUACAAGAAGCUGAGGCCCAGAGGCAGAACAUGCUCGAGAAGGAGUUCAAGGCCUUGCAGAAGUUUUCCGAGUUCUUCCAGCUCCUGCCAUGCAGAGAAGCAGAGAAACCCAGCAACCAGCCCAAGAACCGCAAGGCAGGGAUCCUGCCAGCGGAUUCCUGCCGGCCCAUGCUCAUGUCCUCCCUGAACGCAGAUGGCUCACCAGGUUACAUCAAUGCAGUGUUCACCGAUACAUACACUGAGGAAGACAGAUUCAUCAUCACACAGCUGCCACUUCCGGACACAGUGGUGGAUUUCUGGGCUCUGGUCUGGGAUUAUACCUGCACUUCAGUGGUCAUGCUAAACCAGCUCCAGGAGCUGGACCAGACGUACAUGGAGUUCUGGCCUACCCAGGGGGAAGCCAUUUACGGCCGUUUCCAUGUCCAGAUGAUCUCAGAAGAGCCCGGAGCUGGCUUCACAGUCCGGACACUUGCUCUGACCAACCAGCAGCAGCCCAAGAAACAUGCACUAAAGAUCCACUUCUGUCAGCUGGAGGACUGGCCUAUGAAGCAGUGCCUUCCCCCAUGCCCUGCCACCAUCAUCAGCUUGCUGGGGAAGGUGGGGACACACCAGCGACAGAGCCAAGAUGCACACGUACUCGUCACUUGCUGGGAUGGUGCCAGUCGAAGUGGGAUCUUCUGUGCUGCCAAUUUCCUCUGUGAGCAGAUCCAAAGUGAAGGGCUAGUGGACGUGUCCCAGGCUGUGAGGAUGUUGAAGAGACGGCGGAGACAGCUGGUUAAGGAUGUGGAGCAAUAUCGAUUUUGCUAUGAACUGGCUCUCGUUUACUUGAAUUCGUUUGAAACCUACGGAAACUUCAAGUAGAGGCACGGCCACCUCCCAUAUCCGGCCAGGACUCCAG